UGCGGCAGUGAAAUUCAGUGACGUUUACCGGACAAUCGCAAGCCGAAUGAAAAGGGAUUUAUGAUUGGACAGGGGUUGUAAAACCAGCCAAUCAGCAAGUAGCUUAGAAAAUAACCCACAGAAACUUUUCAAAAUGGCGGCAGAUUUCAAGACAGCACAGCCAGUGGAGUAUUAUCGCCGUUUUCUUAAAGAAGAUGUCCGUCCUGAUGGGAGGGAACUGGGAGAAAUCAGACACACAACUCUUAACAUUGGGUCCAUCACAACAGCUGAAGGCUCUGCCCUGGUGAAGCUUGGUAACACAACAGUUAUCUGUGGGAUCAAAGCUGAACUGUGUAAUCCUACUGCAGAAGAGCCAAAGAAAGGUUUUGUAGUUCCCAAUGUGGACCUGCCUCCUCUGUGUUCCCCAAGGUUCCGUCCUGGGCCCCCGAGUGAGCAGGCUCAGGUUGUCAGCCAGCUUAUGGCUGACAUUAUCGAAAAUUCUGGUGUUGUAGCAUUGGAGGAUCUUUGCAUAGUUGAGGGAAAGCUGUGCUGGGUGCUGUACUGUGACAUGAUGUGUCUGGACUAUGAUGGCAACGUGGUAGACACGUGUGUCAUCUCUCUACUGGCUGCACUGAAAAAUGUCCUACUACCAGAGGUUACAGUGAAUGAGGAGACGGGAAGUCCUGUGACGGACGUGGAGAAAAAGUUACCUCUGAACAUCAGGAAAUGUCCAGUAGCCACCACAUUUGGGGUGUUUGACGACCACUACCUGUUCACCGACCCGACCAAUGAGGAGGAGUGUUUAGCGACGGGUGUUCUCACCGUAGUCACGACAGAAGACAACAAGAUCUGCUGCAUGCACAAACCCGGAGGCACUGCUCUGUCGGAGAGUAGACUACAAGACUGCAUCAACAGGGCUCUCACCAGGGCCGAGGAGGUCAGGAAACUCAUUGAUGAGACCAUCAACAGUGUAGAGAGAUAGUUAGCUUUACAUUUAUGUAUGUUAAAGGCCAUUAAUGUUAAUCUCCAAGCAGAUGUAAGGAUCCUGCUUGGUUUUUGUGUUUUAUGCCAAUUUUGUAGCAUUUGGUAUGUCUUAACUGUUUUAUACAAGGAGUAAGUAAAGAGAAAAUUGCCUAUGCCCCUGAGGCAUCACAAAAAAUGCAAAUUACUAGAAAAAGAAGAGAUAUGAUAAGGAGAUGUAAAAGGUGAGGAAGUCUGAAAAACAUACAUAAAACAAUUAACCAACAUCUGUAACAUACUAUACUGUAUUACAAUAACAUUGAUGUGAUACAAUAACAUCUAUAUCAGUACAAGCAACUGCAUGAAAACAAGCAAAGCACACUGUAGUGAUAAAAAGAUUAACAUACAAAAAGAAUUAAUAAAGGCAUUAAUAUUGAAUAUAUAGAUAUUGGUUCUGAAAUAAAUGAACCUCAAACAAGUGUAGAUAUGGUUAUACUUUAGUAUUAUACUGAUGCUCUAAAAGUGACCGCGGUUAGUAAGCAAUAGAUAUGUGGAUGGUCAAAUAGGUGAAAUAUGCUUAACAGAUCAUCCAGCUAUGUGAUUUCAGCAUCCGCGUCAACAGAAAUACAUUGAGUGUUGUAAUUCAAAAAUGAAUGAAUACAUGGUUUGUUUACUUGAUACACCAAUAUUGUCAACAAGACUGCCAACUGAUGAAAAAUAACAUGUUUUGACUAAAGUAA